GUUUGUAAUUAAUAUUAAGCUUCUGAGCGAUUAUUUUAUAAGUGGUUGUGAGAGCUCAGAUGGGAGAGAUUUGUCGGGACUGCAGGGCUAAGCAGAGAAAAUUCCCCCUACACACUUCCUGCUACUUAGGGGACCUGGGGAGAUGCAGAACAGAAGAAUGACUUGGGGAAAACACCUAAAUAAACUGAGUUACUCCUCGUGGUAGCCUCAUGUUCUUGCUGUGCUGUAGAGCACAGAGGACCUGCCAGCACUUCAGAUCCCUGGGAGGCGAAUGUAAGUUCCAUGCUUUAAUAUUUAUUACAUAUCUAAAAUUGUUAGCAUUGACCUUGAAAUUCGGUGUCUUCUGAGUUAAAGCACAUGGGAUUUAUGGAAAAACUCUGAAUCUAAAACUUAGUAGAUCAUUUCCUUGUUCUGUAGACUGUUUGUUUUCCAUCCAAUGGAUAUACAGAAAUCCUAAGUAAUGCAGUGGCAUUAGGAAAUGGAACCUUGCGGGGAGGGUUGAGCUUGAGUCUAAAGGUCUCAUGGGCAGACCAGUGUUCCUACAAGAGAAGCUCUGGGGGGCUUUCUGAGCCUGUUAUCUAUGUAUGGAGAGAUGCAAGAAGCUGGUAAACAGCAAAAGGCACCCACUGGAAGUGGAGCAUGCUGGCUGCACCUCAACUCACAUGUGUAACCCCUUGAACUCUAGGAAAUAGUCUUAUGUUAUGGAUCAGCCUCUUGGCCUGUUCUGCUUUGUUAUAGCUGCCAGAACCAACUAAAAUGCCCCCGAAAUGUGUUUCAUUUUUUUUCUUUUUACUGAAAAUAGAUUCUUUUCUUAUGAACUAGAUCCUGAUUAUAGUUUCUCUUCCCUCUACUACUCCCAGUUUCUCCUCCCCUCCCCUUUUUUUCCCCUCCAGAUCCUUUCUAUUUUAAAGCUCUGUUUUCAUUUGAAACAAACUAAGCAUCCUUAUAUAUUUCAUUAAGAUGCUUUGGGCAUGCAAGGAACCCAGAAAAUAAGUGACACAUAAUAUAUAUUUUAAGAAUGAAAGUCCCAUCCUAACUCUGUUCCCUCUCUGUGUCUUUACACUUUGACAAUUGUCACUCCAACACAUGAGGAAGGCAUGCUAAGACUUGAUUGCUCCCACCUGUGAAAAUACUAUAAAUAAUGAAUGAUACCAAUUUCACAUUGUGUUGGAAGACUGAUACUUAUGCUGGGAAAUAUAUGCAUCUCGUUCAGAAGCAAUAAAAGCAGAGAUGUGAGGUUGAAAAUGCACUUCAGUUAGACCAAGUUUUUUGUAGAAGCCUCACCUCUGGCUUCUUUCCCUGCCACUUAAAGUAAAUGGCUGCAUUCAUUGUAAGUAUUUACUUCCAUAUUCAUUAAAAUGAACAGAUAAAUUUAAAAUACUCCAAACUUGGCCAUGUCAGGCCUCGAAGGUGGCAAAAAGAAGCCCCUGAAACAGCUCAAGAAGCAGGCCAAGGGGAUGGAUGAGGAAGACAAGACUUUCAAGCAGAAACAAAAAGAGGAACAGAAGAAAUUUGAGGAGGUAAAAGCCAAGGCCAUGGGAAAGGGACCCCUGGCCACAGGUGGAAUUAAGAAAUCUGGCAAAAUGUAAGCUGUUCCUCAUAUCUGAGAUGAUGGUGACCCUCUUCCAUUCCUAUUUACACACCUGAAUUCCCUGCCAUAAUAUCUUUGCCACCUACAGUCAGAAUGAAGUGUUACCCUGGAGCCUGUUGUACAUUGUAAUAAACUUUUGUAAAAAAAUAAAAUAAAAUAAAUAAUACAAUGGCUCAUUGUCUCUAGUGUUCAGCAAUUCCUACCUCAGCUAUGAAUUUAAAGUAAACCCAGGCUGAAAUUCUACCAGAGCUGUUUCAUCUCUGUUGUACUAUGAAUUCUGUAUCACUUUGAAUUAAUUAAACCAACUCAUUAAAAGGC